CCAUCACUUGGUGAAGCCGGCCAGCGCACACGCUCCAGCAAUGAUCACGACAUAAUAUUAGCGCUGUAUUACAUACACCGUGCCAGGCAGUCGCAAAACAACAUAAGAAGAAUGGCUCAUCGAUCAAAGGCAGUGAGAGCAGCAUGUCCAGGCCUGAGAGCACGUCCAGCGGGCGUCGCGGCACGGAGGCCACGUGCGCCAGCGCUCGCGAGCGCCCGAUCGUCGAUCGGACUGGUCGCGUCGCUGUGCGCGCUGCUCCUGGCCACGGCGGGCGCCUACGCGCCGCGCCGGCCGUACCCGCGCGGCGUGCGGCGCCAGGUCCGGCGCGCGGCCGAGGCGCGGCCCGAGCGGUCGUGGACCGGCCGGCUGUGGCAGCCGAUCCGGACGCUGUACAAGCGCGAGCAGCUGCUGGACGACUGGAGCGAGAUGCAGGCGCCGCGGAGAACAUCGCGCAUCAAGAAGCUCGACCGCGGGGCGAACGCGACCUGGAGCGAGCGGGACCAGGACGCCGUGGCGCGCGCGGACAUGCGCGCCGUCGACCGGGACUGGAAGCGGCUAGAAAAGGCCAUCGCGUACCUCCCGAAGGACGAGCGCGCGGUCGUGCGGGACGCGCUGAUCGUGGCCCACGGCGCGCACGCGGGCCAGAACCGGCGGAGCGGCGAGCCCUUCGUCAGCCACCCCGUGGCGGUGUCGAUAUUGUUGGCGGACCUGUCGAUGGACCGGGACACGGUCGUCGCCGGGCUGCUGCACGACACGGUCGAGGACACGUUUUUGAGGUUUGAGGACGUGGAGCGGCGUUUUGGGCCGGAUGUCCGGGCGCUCGUCGAUGGCAGUGCAUAAAUCAAUGUCGCGUCGCGUCGAUGGCGCGGAGGCCAGCUCGAUGGCGUGGCUAUUCGGCCAGCACGGUCGCGUUCUCGCCGAGAAGAAACUCACUGGUCGAUGCGCGCACAGGUCGAGGGCGAGACGAAGGUCUCAAAGCUGCCGAAGCUGGACGCGACGCUGGGCAGCGAGACGCCGGGCGGGCCAGGCCAAACAAAGGAAUUGGAACAGCUUGAGAACCUGCGGCAGAUGUUCGUCGCCAUGACCGACGACUACCGCAUCAUCAUCAUCAAGCUCGCCGACCGCCUACACAACAUGCGCACGCUCGAGCACAUGCCGCGGCACAAGCAGCUGCGCAUCUCGCGCGAGACGAUCGAGAUCUUCGCGCCGCUCGCGCAUCGGUUGGGGAUCUGGCAGUUCAAGGCCGAGCUCGAGGAGAUCGCCUUCGGCUACCUCUACCCGCGGCCGGCGGCGGCGCUCGCGGCGGCGCUCGAGGCGCGGCGGCCGCGCCACGCCGGCGCGCUCCGGGGCGUCACGGCCGCGCUCGAGCGGAAGCUCGCGGCCGACACCACGCUCGACCACGUCGGCGUGACCGUGUCGGGCCGCACGAAGGAGACGUAUUCGCUGUGGCGCAAGCUCGAGAGCGACCGCGCGGCGCGGCGCGAGGACCUCGUGAGCGAGGUCUUCGGGUCCGACGCGCCGGCGCCGCUCGUCGACGACGAGAAGUUGUUCGCCGCGCGGGACUUGGAUGAAGUGCCGGACGUGGUGGCCGUACGCGUCGUGCUGGACGUGCCCCGGGCGUCGGACCAAGAAACGCCCGAGGCCUGGCGCGAGCGCGGCGUCCAGCUGUGCUACCACGUCUUGGGAGCGGUCCAGCACCUCGAGGACUGCGAGGCCGUGCCGCGCGUCAAGGACUACAUCGCCUUCCCCAAGCCCAACGGCUACCAGUCGCUCCACGCCUCCGUGCUGCGCGAGCCCGAGGACCAGGUCGUCGAGAUCCAGAUCCGCACGCGCGGCAUGCACGAGGUCGCCGAGUACGGCAUGGCCGCGCACUGGCUCUACAAGGACGGGUUGCUCGAGCCCGGCGGCGAGGACGCGACGCGGCGCGCGCUCUGCGCGUCGGCGUCCGCCGCCGCCGUCGCCGAGAAGCGGCCGCGCGCGUCGGCGAAGCCCUACGCGCUCGAGUGGCUCAACGCCAUCAAGGACAUGCAGGACAUCCAUAGUUCAAGGGAGUUCGUCGAGACGAUCCGACGUCCGAGGCGGCGUCGAAUUUCACUUUAACUCGGGUCCGUCUCCACGCCAUCGAUGCGAGUGAGCCGUUGAUCCCGUCGCUGUCUACGCAGGAGAGGUCCUCGGCAAGCGCGUCUUCGUCUUCUUGAGGGACGGGCGCAUCCUCGACCUGAGCAAGGGCGCGACGGUGCUCGACGCGGCCUUUAGCAUACACACGGACGUGGGCCUCCACCUCGACCGGGCGCUCAUCAACGGCCACGAGGUCCAGCUCAGCUACGAGCUCCACAACGGCGACGUCGUGUCGAUCAAAACGUCGGAGGACGCGCGGCCGCAGCUCGACUGGCUCCGCAUGGCGCAGCGCCGCUCGACGCGGUCCAAGCUCCGGGCCUACUUCAAGCGCGAGGGGUGCUUCGACACGGCGACGACGGCGCCGGCGCCGGGUAAAGACAUAGGAUAGACA